AAGCUCCCAAAUUCCCCCCCUCCCAGUCCCAAGUCCACCUGCCGCCGCCGCCGCCGCCGCAUUGGCGGCGCACAGCCCUCACAAUGCCCGCCCCCGAUGUUCACGACGGCCGCCACGGCCCAUCCUUCCUCCCCAUCUCCAUUCCCCCCUGCGGCCCAACACCACCGCCCCUGUGCUCCUCCUCCGCGCCCCACCCCAUCCCGCCGCUCUCCUUCCGCCACCUCUCCCCCUGCGCGCGCUGGUCCGCCUGGGUCACCACCGCCCUCUCCGAUGCUGCGUUCGCGCCCCUCCUCCGUUCCGCGGCCAUCUACGACGCCGUAGCGGCCUCCACGGCGGCCGUCACCCCCGACCGCCACGCCCUGUUUGCUCUCCUCUCCCUCUGGCAUCCAGAAACCCACACCUUCCGCCUUCCCGCCGGCCCCGCCACGUUCACCCUCGAAGACGCGCUCCUCCUCGCCGGCCUGUCCCCCUCCGGCGCCCCGCUGGACAGGCCCCUCACCCUGGCUGAGGAGGAACUCCGCAUCCGCCUUGUCGUUGAGAAGGAGAAGAUCAAGGAGCUCCACCCCUGCGCACGCAAAGCCCACCGCGUGUCGGCAGAGCUGUGGCUCGAGUGGUUCGACAGCAGAAUCCGCCCUGGCGAGGACGACGAACUGCGGUGGCUUGGAUUCCUCGCGUAUUGGCUAGCGUUUUUUGUUACCCCACGGCUACGGUCAAAGGGCGGGGAGCUGCCUGAGUGCGUGUUCGCACUUGCCGCACGGCUCAGUCUUGGUGAGUGCAUUGCCCUUGGGCCAGCAGUGGUGGCUAAUCUCUAUGCUGAGAUGGAUAGGAUUGUUACUUCCAGGGUCACGGAGGGGGCGAGGGGUCGUGUUGAUGUUUGGGCACCGCUCUGGCUGUUGCAGGUAUGGAUGUGGGAGCGUUACUACUCCCUGCGACCGCCGCAGCUGAGGGCACCGGAGUUCCCUGUCUCCAGUGUUCGUGUACUCUACUGGACCCGCAGGAGGAGCAAGACCACAGCAGAGGACUCUUUACGUGUAUUGCAGGAAGAGGAUUGCUUUGAGUGGAGGCCUUACCUGGAGAACUCGCUCAACUGGACUGAACCCAAAUGGUUCAGCAAGGAAACUGUUUUAGUGAGCUCAAGAGGUAAGGAUAAGCCAGAGUGGUUUGAGGAUUACAUUGCAAUUAUCAGGCAAGCAGUGUUGACUGGAUUGUAUGGUGAUGGCAUGGAUAAUUCAACAAUCUACAAUCCACAUAUUGUCGCAAGGCAGCUUGGUUAUGAUCAGGAUGUUCCUUUGUCUACUGUCCAUGGACUUGAUUCCGGAGCAAUCAAGGUAUGGAUACCUGGCAUCUGUAGACGUGGGGUGGUUACCAAGGAUUAUCUUGAAUGGUGUAAUGGGCAGUUCUUCAGGCAUCAGGAAGCCAAUCAAUAUGGUAGCUCAGUUCUAGCAUGCCAGGAGAACAGUGUUAGUUCACGUUCAUUUGAUGAUGAUAACAGACAUGUCGUAGACGUGACAAAUAAAUUUGGAGAAACCACCCAGAAAGAUAACAGAAAAGGCAUUGGAGAAGGGCAAGCAGCUCAUGAGAAUAAAACAAGUGCAAUUGUCCUUGAUCUUAGUUCAUCUGAAACGGACUGCAGUGCAACUGUGGUGAAAAGAAAGAAAGGGAAUAAACAAAGAAGAGAUAAACUUUCUGAAGAUGUUGAUAUGAAUAUGAAGAAACAAAAGACAUCUGGUAUUGAGAGCCGUGAAGGUCCACAGUGCUAUGAGUACAGACCUUCCACUGAGAGCUACUUGCAUUUUGAAGGCCAGAAGGAUCCUAAUUCUGAGUGUAAUAAACGUGAUGAAUUGGCACAACAUGACAGUGAUGAUGAAUGCGUUGUUCUUGAAUCGCAUGAUAAGAAAUGUGAAGUAAUAAACCUUGACGAUGAUCAGGAACAGAGUAUCCUUGAUCCUGAACAUCAUGAUAGCCAACUUGUCCUCGAGCUAGAAGAGUUUGUGCGCUCUGGGCUUUUUUCGCAAUGGGAGGAAAGCUCCGACGAAGAUGAAGGAGGUGGAAGAAAGCGAGAAGCACUGAAGAAUAGCAAUAAUGACCCUUAUGCUGAAGCUGCCAUGAGGGAGUACCCUCUGUUCUUUGAGCUCAUUCCCCAGAGACCACAUUACAGAGGGUUGGUUAACGAUGAUGCUCUAGGUGAUCUGGCGUACUGUGGACUGUGGUUUUUAUUGGUGGGCCUGGCUAUGGAGGUGCUCAAGACAUCAUGUGAUACAGAUACUUCUGAGAUUGCAUAUUUGAUGAAAAAAGCUCAGGAACUGGAACGACUUGGGUUCAACGUGAAGCAUUUCAUUGCCCGGCUGAAGGAGCCACAGACCAGACUUAAAAGGCUUCACGAUUCCAGGGCAAGGCUCGAGGAUGCCCGGACGAAGGAGCAAGAAUCAAAAGGUGUUAAAUCACUGUCAAGCCAUCUAAGCAAUCUGAAACACAAUAUACUAACAAUGGAGAGACAUUUGUGUGAAAACAAGCAAGCUUUUAGCGCAUCUGUGCACAAUGAAUCGAAUGAAGGAAUUGAUCUAGUCAGCUUGGAGAAGGAAGUAGAAGCUGCUGAAAAAUAUUGUCAGGCAAUGAAGGAUGAAGUGGCUGCAAUAAGACUGAGAAACUCAGAACUUUGACUGUGAUCUCUGGAUUCACAAUACAAACAUGGUAGCAGAUUCUCAGAACUGAGAAUCAGAUGGUUCAGAUUCUAGUGGAACUUAGAAAGUGGCAUACCGCAAACACAAAUCCUGUAAAGUAACUUAGUGGUAGCAUGCAUCUUGUGUUUGCUCCAAGGGGCCAUUGUGUUAGUGGAACUGAUGCUUUAUUCCUGAUUUAAAUCUUGACUGUUAUCUAUUUUGCAUGGAUCAAGCAGGCUUAUCAAUGGAAUAUAGACAUCUUAGUUUUAGAGAA